ACAGACGUCGCAGUGUCUGAAUGGCCAGAGAGGCGCAUGCGCAGUGAGGCUUUAGCACACAGCAUUAAUGAACGGCGUUGAAAGCGAAAUAGAGCCAAAAGAAGCUGCAGCUUAAAAACAUAAAACCACAAAACUCAUCCGAGAUCGAGACAGAACCAGAACCCGAACCCGAGAAUGAAGAACAGCACCAGCAGCAGCAAGAAGAAAGAGGAAUCAGCAGCUCAGAGUAACGGAGUCAAACUGAACACAUGGAGUAAAGCAGUGAGCAGCAAAGCAGUGUGGGAGGAUAAGGAUGAAUUUUUAGAUGUUGUCUACUGGUUUCGUCAGAUCAUCGCCAUCGUAUUAGGAAUAAUUUGGGGAGUCGCUCCACUGAAGGGUUUCCUGGGCAUAGCCAUUUUCUGCGUCAUCAACGCGGGGGUCCUGUACGUCUACUUCAGCAGCUUCCAGCAAGUGGACGAGGAGGAGUACGGGGGAACAUGGGAACUGACCAAAGAAGGCUUUAUGACUUCUUUUGCUUUAUUCUUGGUGGUGUGGAUAAUAUUCUACACAGCGCUACACUACGACUGAGAACUUGAGGAGAUCCCGUUAUAGAAACAUGAACAUACAGAUGUAAGGCUGGAAUGGGUGCGUCUCUGAGGCGUUCCGCAUGCGCCACCAGCAGCAUAGCGGAGCCUGGAGACCGAGGUGCAUCAUGGGUACAACGAAUGACUUCUUGAUCCAUGGGUCAUUGAGUUUUUUAAGCUAAUACUGUCCAGUGCACUGCCAUGUGUUAUGAUUCAAUGCUUUUAUUUAAUUUUCUUUCAUAUGAAUGACUUUGAAUCUGCAGAGUUAGACAUUAAUUUAAGAUUUAAGCACCCCCCUACACACAUACACUCAUACAGUAGCUUCUAGAUCAGAUAUUCUCGCCCCAUGUUCUGCUUAGAUAAAUUAACAGGAGUGUACAUUCUGUAUAGUUUAAAUUCUUACUCUCAUCAGGUCUGCAAUGUAUUGAUGAAUUCAUUGUGUUUCUCGGUUAUGUCUCAUCUGAUGUGACCAUUCUGUACUUCUCAGUAUUUUAUAGCGUAUUAAUAGAAGUGCAAAUGUACAUGUCAGCUUAAAGUACUGUACCUGGUACUUAUGGACAGACUGUAUUUUAUGCCUGAUUUUUUUUUUUCUGAGGAGUUGCAUUAAAUCACGGGCUUUGUCUGCCCCAGGUUUUCCAACA